UAUGGAUGAUGAAAAAAAGAAAAAAAAAGGUAAUAAAUUAGAUCUGAAUUUAUUACCUUCAUCAUUAAAAGAACGUUAUACUGCUAUGGGAAUUCUUCCAAAACCUUAAAUUCCUAAAGCUAAUAUUUAAGUUGAUGUAUAAAGAAUGAAAUAGAAAAAAAUGGAGAAAGAGUAGCCAAUUGAAUAAAAAUUAGAGAGCAUUGAAAUCAAGGCAAGUGAAAAAAAAUAAUUGGAAAAGUACUUGUUAUACUUUCUUAUAUAUAGAGUGUUCUAGAUGCUUAAAAAGAAAGAUGUUGAUUAUUUUGAUAUGAAAGAUGUUGAUAAAAUGCUUAGAUUUUUAGGAGUAGCACUUACUAAAUCUGAAAUUGAUCUUAUGUUGUGGGUAUUAUAUUUUAAUAAUUAAAUAGGAAGUUGAUGAAAAUCUUGAUGGCAAAGUUAGCUGGACUGAAUUUUUGAAUAUGUACAAGAAAUGUACAAUUGAUAAAACAGGGUUAGAACCUAAGAGUUUGUAUCAUAUGGUCUAAUUUCUAAUGUAUUUACCUUUAGAUAGAAAAGAUCCAAAAAUAACAGUUGAAGUUAUUAUAUAUAUCUUAAUAAUAGGAUACUUUGGAAUUGCUUUAUGUUAGGUUUGGUAGAUAAUCAUUAGAUUCAGAAAUUCAUGCAAUAUUUGGAGAUGAAGAAAAGAGUAAAGAUGGAUAAGAAAAGGCUAUAUCAUUUAGUGAAUAUAUGGAGAAAAUAAAUGAAAGAGCAAUUUAAUAAAGGAAAUUGAGAAAAGAAGAAUAAAAAUAAUAAUUUUAAUAUUUCAAGAAGGAGAAAAAUUGA